CAGAUAUCCGGAUAGAUAGGCUCUCCCAAAUUAUGCAUGGGCUUGCCUCCAUACCUAGAGAUGAGACGACAAGCCCAAGACAAAGAAUUAGAACCCCUGAUUCCCCUCAUGCUACUCACAGCCGCUUCAUUUCUCUCGUUCUUUCUUCCAUCUCUCAUCUCGUCAUCUGCCUAUCAUUUCCAUUCCCAAUCCAAUGUACGAAAGCCCCGUUCCAUCUUCUUCCAAGUCUCGCCCCUAAAACCCCUAAGGUCCGUCCUCCCAGCCCCGACUUUAUUAACGCCAGUCCGUAAUAACCGGAAAAAGAACACGUGUGGUUUGCUUUGUGAUGUAAUGACUGAGAGAACAUAACAUAUAAACAUAUGUAAAAGGCCUCGCCACCAUGAAAUGUGGAAAUGGUCGAUUCGAGUCCCA